AUGUCUCUCCGUCCUUAUCCCUCAUCUCAACUCCUAUCUUCCACUUCCAUUUGUUUUCAACCUCUCACAUUCACCAAAUCCUUCACAACUCAACCUUCUUUUCUCAGAUUCAAGGGUGCAUCAGGUUUUGUCAAGAAGCACGAUUGCUGUUUAGGUGUUGAGCCAUUUUGUGCAUCUCAAAAGAUAAGGCCUAAGAUCUCAUGUGCUAUGAAUAUGUCUGCACAUUCAUCAGAUGAUGGUAGAAAACUGCAACUUGACCAGUUACUAGAAAAAGCGCGUAAGCUUUGGGACAAUUCUCCUCAGCCGGUGAAGAAUUUCCCUUGGAACACAGCACUGGGAAACUUCAUUCAACUUGUUCUUGAUCUUACUUUGGCUGUUGUCAAAUACCUUUGUGUACCUGUGUUUACAGUUACCUCCAUCAGCGAGUUAUCCUACUGCGCACGUCAAAGUAAGCUAGUUCUUGUUCCUUUUCCGAUUCUCCUUGGAGCUGCUGUUGCUGGGAUCCUUAAAGAGACUGCAUUAGAGUUGUCACCACGGCUAAGGGAUGCAGAAGUUCCAUGGCAUUUAAUUGCAAUUGCAAUUUUCUUCACAUUGAUCAAAUUGCCAGGUCCAUAUUACCCUUAUUGGGGACGUAUACUAAUUCCUCACUUUGCGAAUGGGGUUUUAUUGAGGGCUCUAUGGUUUGCUAUAUUGUGGUAUAGAAGACCUAAAGUAUUGAAGAUGUCAGAGUCUGAUAGUUAG